GCCCUGGGUCCGGCCGCGGCGACAGCGGCGGGGGCGGCGGCUCGCCUCCCGCGCAGCCGCGAUGCUGAGCUCCCGGGCCUCGGCGGCGAUGACCGCGGCCGACAGGGCCAUCCAGCGCUUCCUGCGGACCGGGGCGGCCGUCAGAUAUAAAGUCAUGAAGAACUGGGGUGUUAUAGGUGGAAUUGCCGCUGCUCUUGCAGCAGGAAUCUAUGUUAUUUGGGGUCCCAUUACAGAAAGAAAGAAGCGUAGAAAAGGGCUUGUGCCUGGCCUUGUCAACUUGGGGAACACCUGCUUCAUGAACUCCCUGCUGCAGGGCCUGUCUGCCUGCCCCACCUUCAUCAAGUGGCUGGAAGAGUUCACCACCCAGUACACCGGGGGUCACAAGGAGCCCCCCCAACACCAGUACUUAUCGUUGACGCUGUUGCACCUCCUGAAAGCUUUAUCCUGCCAAGAAGUCAUUGACGAAGAGGUCUUGGAUGCAAGCUGCUUGUUGGACGUCUUAAGAAUGUACCGAUGGCAGAUCUCUUCAUUUGAAGAGCAGGACGCCCACGAGUUAUUCCACGUGAUCACCUCGUCACUGGAGGAUGAGCGGGACCGCCAGCCCCGGGUCACACAUCUGUUUGAUGUGCAUUCCUUGGAGCAGACAGAAGUAACUCCCAGACGGAUCACCUGCCGCACCAGAGGGUCACCGCAUCCCACAUCCAACCACUGGAAGUCUCAGCAUCCUUUUCACGGAAGACUCACGAGUAACAUGGUCUGCAAACACUGUGAGCACCAGAGUCCCGUUCGAUUUGAUACCUUCGACAGUCUUUCACUCAGUAUUCCAGCUGCCACUUGGGGUCAUCCGCUGACCCUGGACCACUGCCUUCACCACUUCAUCUCGUCGGAAUCUGUGCGGGAUGUCGUCUGUGACAACUGUACGAAGAUUGAGGCAAAAGGGACGCUGAAUGGGGAGAAGGUGGAACACCAGAGGACCACAUUUGUCAAACAGUUAAAACUGGGGAAGCUCCCGCAGUGCCUGUGCAUCCACCUCCAGCGGCUGAGCUGGUCCAGCCACGGCACGCCCCUGAAGCGGCACGAGCACGUGCAGUUCGGCGAGUUCCUGAUGAUGGACAUCUACAAGUACCACCUCCUGGGGCACAAGCCCGGUCACCGCAGCCCUGAGCGGUGUGAGAAGGCAGGGCCCGCGCCGGAGCUGCAGGACGGGCCGGCAGCCCCCACGUCAGUUCACAAUCACCCGGGGGGCCCCAAAACACAGAUUUUCAUGAAUGGCGCCUGCUCCCCGUCCUUGUUGCCUGCCCUGCCGACCCCCAUGCCUUUCCCCCUCCCAGCUGUUCCUGACUACAGCUCCUCCACAUACCUCUUCCAGCUGAUGGCCGUGGUCGUCCACCAUGGGGACAUGCACUCUGGACACUUCGUGACCUACCGGCGCUCCCCGCCCUCGGCCAAGAACCCCGUCUCCGCCAGCAGCCAGUGGCUAUGGGUGUCCGACGACACCGUCCGCAAGGCCAGCCUGCAGGAGGUGCUGUCCUCCAGCGCCUACCUCCUGUUCUACGAGCGCGUCCUCUCCCAGGUGCGGCCGCAGGGGCGGGAGCACAAGUCUGAGGAGUGACCCCGCCCCGCCCCAGGGCUGCAGAGCCGCCGGUCCCAGCCCUGCGUGUCUGUUCCUGUGUGUGGCCUGUGUGCGCGUGCAAGCAGCCCCGCUAGAGUCCUGCGGCCUCCUGGUGUGGCGUAAGAACAGGCUCCACAGAGGAGCUGGCGGCCCCGAUUCACACCAGAUGAGGCCCCCACUCCCUCCCCGCACAGCUUGCCCAUGGGCACCAGAGCGGCAGCACCGGGCGCCAUGUGUCUAGACCAUGUCUUGUCACUCACCUGAUACAGGUAAUUAAAGGAAACCAGACUCCAGAAGCCACCUUUUUAAAAUAUAUUCUGAUGCUUCAGGUGUUCUCAAAGGGGAGUUAACUCUGUCUGAUCCUCCAGGGCUUCAGCGUAGAUCUUUUAUUUUUAAUAAGCAAGCAAGGCCCACGAAAAUGGAUGAAUUAGUGAAAUCAUUAAAGGCAACAAUUUCAAAGAAAAAAAAGUGCCUUUCACUCUCAACUGCUUUUGUAGCACGUCCCUUCUAGAAAACAGACCUCAUCUGGGAGUCACGAACAAUUUUUGCAAAGCUCUGAUCCUUCCAGAGUGACCAAAUGGAGAGCAAAGGGACAAUUCAGAAGACACCUGGCGCACACCCGCCUUCCCCUUUUGUAUGUCUUUUUCUAACCUUUCAGAGUCUUUAUAUGUAGUGAAAGCUCACCUGCCAAACCUGCCCCUUAGGGGAAUUCUUUCUCUACUUCAUCAGUGACAAGUGACCAGCUUCCUCACUGCUGUCAUCCUGUGUGUCCUGGACUCUGAGAGGCGUGGCCACCGCUUAUAUAACCGCCCGGACAGCCAGGACCUGGCAGCCUCUGCACUGUACCCACGACCACCCUGCUCCGUGGAAAGCCCUUUCUCAUGCUGGGACCCACCGUGGACCAUUACUCUCAUUUAUUUAUUGCCCACGUGGAGCUCCUGAGGUUUACAGGUGGAGCCAGGGGCCAUGACAGACAGACAGACAGACAGACAGACAAUCCCGGCCUCUGCGUGAGAGCUGGAUUCAGAAGGAAGGGUGCGGACCUCACUCAGGGCCGCCACCUCUCCACACCUCAGUUUCCUCAUCUGUAAAGUGAAGAGUUCGAUUCCACGGCAGUCAAAGUCCAGCCCGUCCCACAGAAAAGGAAGAAAGAAGUUUAAGAAAACUUUUGAAACAUACAACAGUGGCUGAUACCUAGUCCCAUCAUCCUGUCCUAGAUCCAUAUUCUACAUGUGUUGGUUUCCAGUACCUCAUACAGAAGGCCCCAUCUGAUCAUCCUCCCCCGUCCUCAGGUAAGUCUCAUGAAGGCAGCCCAGGGCCAAAGGAAUUUCGAGGACACAGCAGUAUCUAUGUUUUAGCUAGAUUUUUUUUAUUUAGAAAAGAAAGGAUACCCAAUCCAGACUGACUCCUCAGAGGUAAGAUUUGGAAUCAGGUGUAUCCAGGUCACCUGAGGUCAGGCUGAGGACCAUGUUUCCCCAGGUGGGCGGGCUAGCGACACUCUCAGACAAGACCUUGGUGUCAGGUGAACCUAUUGGCGGCCCGGACGGUCCCGAGGUGUGUGCGCGUCCCGAGGACUGGGAAGUCUUGCUACAGACAGAAGCAGACUGUGAAGUUUCUCCAGA